AUGGUCUCACUCGAGUCAUAUUUUCCCAUUAUUCAUGACAUGUUUAUGAAUGGAGACACAUAUGGGCAGAUUUCAGAGAACCUGCGGGAAAUGGGUAUCCAGCGCGGGACAUCGGAGAUCAGCAUCCGGAGACUGCUUGCAACACACAACAUGAGAAGAAAGGGACAAACGUCUGACACAGACCUUGAAAUUGCUGUAUCUCGGGCAAUAACCCAAACGGGAGCUACUUAUGGUCGGAAAAUGAUGACGGGCUACCUUUCCUCCGUUGGUGUACAUGCAGGGGAAUGCAGAGUUGGACAAGUUCUGAGAGCAGCCCAUAUCCCUUACCAUGAACGACGACAUCAAGGCACUCGUAAUUUGAACCCGAUCCCAUAUGAUGCAGAAUAUAUGGGACACAAGCUACACAUGGACCAAAAUGAAAAAAUGGUCAUGUUUGGAACCACUUGUGUGAUUGCUGUAGAUGGUUAUAGCAAGAAAAUAGUUGGACAUGCAAUAAUGGCUGUCAAAAACAACCUAAUCAUCUAUGACCAAGUGUACAGGCCAGCAGUAACACAUUACGGAAUGUGGGAUCAACUGAGAGUGGACCAUGGAAAAGAGUUUUACCUGUGCCUGUACAUACAAGAGAGGCUGUCGGAAUACAGACACAACCAGCAACGAGAGCCAUACCUCCAAACUCAGUCAACAAGGAAUCAUACGGUGGAAAGAUUGUGGCCAGAGGUUAACAACCGCGUGAUCUACCCACUAAAGGAGGCCCUGGUACAAUUACAAGAUCAGGAAGCAAUUGACAUGGAAGAAAGCCUGACCAAGUUCGUCGUCUCUAACCUGACAGGCCAGCUGUGUGGCAUUGGCCUACAAAGAUUUGUGGACUCCUGGAAUGCUCACAGGAUCCCAGGCAAAGGGAUACCAAAUCAUCUGGCCGGCAGAGGAACUGUGAGAAGGAUCAGAGAAGAUCUUGUGCCAGAUGUCACUGAAGCAGCUGAUCAGUACGAUAGGGAAAUGGGAUCUUCCCUCACAAGAGUGUCUUCAUUUGGAAGUGACCCUUUUAUGUCAGAUGCAGACAGAGAGAGAGCAGAGCAGCUCUUUACACAGCAUUACCCGAACCUUUCAGUUCUUUUUGAUAAUGCUGUCAAUUACCAUUACACACCUUUCAAAGAUGCAUUGAUGUACCUCAUUGAUGUUACAAAGAGAUGCUCUUGA